AUGGAAGACGAAUCCCCAACAGAAGCCUCAAGGCGUGACAUCGCCAAAAGGGUAUCAAGAGCCUGCCUCCACUGCAGACAACGCAAGUCUCGAUGGAAACCACCGUGUCAACGCUGCGUCCGCGAAAACCGCGAGUGCAUCCUUGGUGGCUCCAACCGUGGAGGCCGUCGAAUCCGCAAAAACAAGAUCAAAAACUUCACUCCGACCAAUCCAAAUUCAAAUCCAAAUCCAAAUCCCUCCCCAAGCAAAGAUUCCGACACAUCAAGCCCAGCCGCGUCAGAGAAUCGCCCCGCGCAAUCACACCGGCAUCAGUCUUCUUAUCCCGGGCCGGUCGUCUUCUUACCUCCUAACCCGCCAGCCCCGGCCUCCGUCUCCGUAGAAGAAGACGAUGCCUCUAUCAAUUCUGUCCCACGCAACCCAUCUGACGCGUGGCAAUGUUUAACGGGAAUCGCGACACAAGGACAAGGCACGGGAACCGCUGAACCGCGCCAAGCCCGUGUUCGUUCCGAGUCGACUAGUUUCCCAACAUAUAAUGGCCUGCGCGGCGGUGUGGUGUCCGAAUUCGCCACGCCCAACACGGGAAUCAGGGCGUAUAGACUUGUUCAAUCGCGCUCGCUGGAUCCGGAGACGGUGUGGCAGUUGAUUUCUCGUUAUGCGGACAACUUUCAUCCGUACCUCCCGCUGGUCCCGCGGAAGUAUUUUGCGCGCAAUGCACUCGAUGACUUUUCUGAGAACGAAAAGCAUCUUCUGACUGCGGUUCUGACAAUUGCAUCCAAGGACUUGGUUGAUCAGCCGGAGAUUCAUGAGUACUGCUCGAAAUAUAUGCACGAGUUGAUCUCUGGCAUUGCGGCUGGUGCCGAGUGUGAUGUUGAAGCCGUGGAGGCGCUAUUACUGCUGGCAGAAUGGGAGCCGCAAGGUCUGCGACCUAAGAUCGAGCGCGUUGGACGAGGCGAGGAAGACCGCGCUGCUUGGAUGCAUGUCGGGCUAGCUUUGCGCUCGGGAUACUUCAUCGGUAUGGACCGUACGUCCUUCCGGGGUGAUCCAUAUGGUGAUCAAGAAAGUGAAGCCCGGCGUCGGCUAGCGUGGGCUAGCUGUUAUGUUUCUGAUCGGCUGAUUUCCGUGCGUAUUGGGCGUGCGUUCUGGUCGCGGGGUCCUGGGCCCAUGACUGGCCUUGUUAGCCAAGAUUUCCCCUCGUUGCAGCCUGUUAAGGAGGGCGAUGAGGAUUAUUCGAAGAUUUGGCAAGCUAUGUUGGAUCUCACACAGCUUUAUGGGAAUGUUCACGAGGUUUUGUAUUCUGGAAUGCGGGCUAGUAACCAGAUGAUGUUGAUGGGAGAUUAUGUGAAGUAUGUGGAUGAUUUCCGGCUUGCUAUAUUGCGGUGGAAAUCGCUUUGGGGGUCUUUGGACUGCUCACCACCUAUGCGCGCAACUCUGCAGUUAUCAUAUGAGUAUCUGCGAUUAUACACAACGGCGUUUGCAUUUCAAGCUGCCAUCUCUCAAUCGCUCGUUCAGCCGAAGACCGAUGGGCAAGGCCAACGAGAACAAUUGCGCUCCACCUUCAGAAAUGUGGCCUCGAUGCAAGACUCGCGAUUCAUCUAUGAAUCCGUCGAUGCGGCAAAAUCUUACUUGACGAUCCUUGUGGACUCGGUAGAUCCAGAGAAGCAUCUCCAUUUCAUGCCCCUCCGUUUCUAUCUAUAUGGAAUCUACUCGGCCGUAUUCUUAUACAAAGUUAGUCAACUCUCAGCGCUCACAAAUCACAUGAAUCAUCUGACAAACCAGGCCCGAUCAUUCGGCAUGAUGCUCCCAUCAGAAGAAGCCAAAGUCCAAGGCCUUGUGGCACGAACAACAGAAGUCCUCAAACAAGCCAGCGCCGGCACAGACGACGUCGGCUCCCGCUACGCCCGCCUUCUCGAACUCCUUUGGAAACCCAAAGCAAACCCCAAUCCCAAUCCGCCCGAAACCCCAAACCCCGAUUUCUCAAUACAAGCCUUACAGAACCCAGUAGCAGACCCGGGCUACAUGCAAUUCAGCCCCGCGAACGAUUUCUCCUGGCUCGAUCUGGAAGCCGUUGGAGACUAUGUCUCUGGAGACCAGAUAUCGGGCGGGUUAUUGGGUCUCGAUGCGUUCCAGAAUGGAUCUGACAUGUAUCAAGGCCAGGAUCGAUCACAGACAUGGCAGUCUUCUGCUUGGAUGGGUGACAUGAGCAGUAAUCUUCUGUUCUAG